CGGUAUAUAUAGUUUAUCAACACGAUAAGCUGAUAAGGCUUACACAUAUCAAUACGGAAAAAUUGUAUAUUUUCUCGGAAACUUCGCCCUAUAUGACCAUAUAUUGAUCAAGAAAAUUGGCGAAGAUUAACUGAGACACUAGAUAAAUGUCGAAUUAAUUCUGUACGCCGGUGUGUCGUUGCACCGUCAGUCGUGAGUUACGCGAGCGGAGCGACAUACAAACAUUCCCUGAGGUGGAACAGCCGCGACCGCUUUGUUUUGGCUUUCAACCGAGAUCUCGGACAUGUGAGCACGAAACACAAUGGCUCUCUCAUCGAAUUGCUGGAAAUAUCUUGUGCUGACCUUCAAUAUUUUGUUCGCUAUGUCAGCAGUGGUACUUUUUGGCGCUAGUGGAUUUUUUUUGUACCGGCUUUUUAUCUACCGCCACUUCAUUGGAGUAACCGUAGAGUACCCAGCAAUUUUAUUGCUGAUGAUGGCCAUCAUUACUUGUUCCAUUGCCUGGAUCGGAUGGAGAACGGCGAAAUCCAUGCAUCAAAUUCAUGUUAUAAUGGCGGGUAUCCUCAUCAUUCUGGUUGUGAUCAUAGAAUUCUCGUGUUUCGUGUGGGCGAUGGUGGUGUGGGACAACAUCGAGAUAGACAUCACGACGACAAUGACGUCAUACUUUAUGUUGUCUAGUGAAAACAAAGAAACAAAUGCGGAUUCCGUUCGAUGGGACAGAUUGCAUGUUAAGUUUGAAUGCUGUGGAGUGAAUGGUCCUAACGAUUACAGCACGACUGGUCACGUGCCAUUUUCGUGCUGCGGCCAAGGACCAUUGGACUCUAUCCAGAAACCAUAUACCUCAGACUGCUCAACACUGUACCAAAGAGGUUGCGGGAACUUAUUGCACGACUACGCAAAGAACCAGCUGUUGAUGGUUGCUAUGGCGGCGCUCACAGCUUCUAUGUUGCAGAGCACGGGUAUAUUCUGCACAUUCUUCUUGGCGCACGCGAUCAAGGAGAAACGAAGAGCUUCCAUUAGGCAUUCGACGUCAGUACGAGAAUCGACAUUCGCAGCACCCGACGACUCCUUGCUGGCACCGACAGCCCCCGCUCCAACCUUGCCAAAGUAUUAGAAUUAUAAUAUAAAUAAGUUAUUAGUAUAUUCUAGAUUUUUCGAAUUGUAUUAAUGUUAGUAGCUUUCAACAAUCGUUAUACUCGUGCUGAGCCAAUCGGACCAAUCUUGCCAAUCACACGAGCCAUCGAAAAAAUAAUAAACUUACCAAUGUACUUAUGAAGAGGGAAGCUAAUUUUACAUUCAACCUUUCGUAACAGAACAUACAUUGUAAAUAGAUUAAACAAUUAAAACAUCAUUAGAAUUUGUAUAAAAAAUAAUGACAUAAUAUAUUCUUCUGUAAGCUGUAUUAAGCUGUAUCUUUAACCGAGUGAGGAUAAAACUGAAUUAAGGGUUGAUUUCAUUUUGUAUAAGGUAUCAAACUCAAUUUUAUAAAAUCUUUCGAAUAAGAUAGUCCAGACUAGUGGACCUUAAGUACUUAUGAAAAGUUUAGAGAAAUAGCAGAUUAACAUUAGUCCCCAAUAUUACUAGAAGGCUACCCUAGAUUGAGUCAUCGAACACUUCCUCGUCCGAAACGAAACCUAUAAAAAAUAAAACAAUCUUAUUUUAGAAUAAGCAGUUAUCUUAAAGUAGAAGACGAAUACGAAUUUGAUAAAAGUUAAAAAUACUUUUCAGUGGGAUUCAUAGUUUUUAAGAUUACCAAUAAGCAAUUGUGUCGCAAAGAUGUUUUUGGACGAGAGAAUAAAAUUUUAUAUAAAGAAAAAUAUUAACUUAAUAAAACAAUAACCGAUUUUUUUUUUUUUACAAUUGGUGCAAAUAAGGACGAACUAUAAAAUAUUAAGGCCUUUAUUAAUGUCAUACUUUCAAUUUCGUAACGAUUAGGUAUUUGAUGAAAUUGAAAUGCAUUUAACAAAAUAAAAAUCUUAUGGACGGCAGGCUUUAGUCAUGUUUGAGAAUUAAUUUAUGAUUCGAAUUGACUUAAUAUAUGUAUGAUGAGUUAUAUGAUUUUAUGAAUAAACAUUUACGUUCGACGCUAUUUUGAUGCGUGUAAGCUUGAAGAAUUACUAUAUUUUUUUUGGUUUGGCUUUUGCCAAGAGGGCACAGAUUAUUUUGCCAAGGUCACGUGCGAAAGAAUUAUUGUACUUUUAUUACCUAUUUGUGAAUAUGACAUAUCACUUUCUGACAUUUCAUCUCGUACUACGUCGAGUUACAAGUUCGUUUAUUUAAUCGUAAUCUUUAACAUUAACUAUGACAUUCUAACAAAAACUAUGACAUUAACUUAUAAUAAUGAUACUAAAUCCAUUUUUCGUCCCAACGGCCUAAGUAUAAGCCAAUAUGGUUGAACUACCUGCAAAUUUUGUAAUACAAUUGUGGAAUGCUCGAAAUCUUAAAUGCGUUUAAAUAAUGUUAAUGAUUGCUUAUAUUUUUUAGUAACUAAUCUGCUUUUAAAUUAGUGAUGUUUAUCAGCAAAUGUUGUAUGUAAAAAACGACAUACGAUACUCGAUGGAAAAUGUUGAUAGCCGACUUACGAUCAUUCCUAUUUCCUUGGGUGUUUAUCAUAAACAUUAAUUAACUGUUAUUGUCAAUGUCACUUGUCACUUUUGACGUUUCAAAGUCGAGUUUUGCGUACAGCCUAUUCCAAUUGAAGUAGGAAAAAAAAACAGACCUUAGAUUUACGUAUUGCAUGGGAUUUGCUAAUAACUCAGCUAUAUUGUGCACUACUAAGAGUCGUAGUGAAUAUCAUAGAUUAAUCAAGCUCUCGACCAAUGAUAUCGCAUCAGUUUACUGUCAAAUGUUGUUUUUUUGCCUUUUUUCCUCUUACGGUUGAAAUAGAGCUAGGUAUAUUUUUAAAGAAUAGUUCGUUUAAAUCGACUGCCAUUUCGGUCAUCAAUUAACUCUUAAAGUCUUUGAAUGAUUAUAAUUAGAAUGUCGAAAGAAAUAUGAUUCAAAUUUAUAAUUAAACGUAGGUAUAUCGUCAAUUGUGCAUUUGUUUGUCCAAAGACAAUAAUAAAUUUAAUUAGUCAGAUAUAAAUAUUUAAGGGACUAAUAUUUUAUUAUUAUUUGUUCAAUGCUUUUAAUAAAAUUAUACAUAACGGUUUCAUAAGAAAUUACGGUAAUUCUUAAUUACAUAAUCUACUAUCAUUAUAUAUCAGUGGGAAAUUUGAUACACUUUUUCUUUUUCUACUGCCCUGGUUAAGGAUGAAUAAUAUUUUUAUUAUAUUAAAUUUUUGGGAUUUGAUCAUGGAGGUAUAAAUACCAAUAUCUCGUCUUGAGGCACUAACCAAAAUUUUUUCGCGUUUUAAGUAGGCACAAGUAAUAAAAAAGGUUGUAAUUGAAAAAAGUAAGAAAAUUAAGACCCAAUUUAAAAUCGGAAAAUAUUUUUAUAUUUAUAAACUUGUAUUAUAUAUAUAUUUAUAUAUUAGAAACCAUGGAAACAGCAAAUGUCGAAAAUAAUAUAAUACUAAUAUAACACUACAUUAUACAAUAUCAGUAACGAGUAAGAUACAUGAUAAUUCAACUCAACAAAAAAAUUAACAAAAUGAUUCAUAUCGGUCAAUUUGACUGUAAGCAAGAAUUGUAUUUUGUAAACGUUUGGUAUAGUUUUAGUUUUAUUUUUUUUCAUAUCGACGACACAAUCAGGGAAUACAUUAGAAUAUACUAAUAGGUAUGUACUAUAACUUGUUUGUAGAUUUAUUGUAGAUAGAAUAAUAAAUGGCUGUCACAAAUUUCACCUGUAACUUUGUCACAGAUAAUAUUAUAGUUUUUGUGUGUUCAUUCUAAUUAUAUAAUAAUUCAAAAUUCAUAAUCAGCGAUAGCAACAAAUGAAUAAUUUUAUAAAUUAAUGAUUAUUAUUAUUAUUAUGCAAUAUUUUUUAUUAUUUUUUUAUAUUUUACCUGCCAGGAUAAGCAUGACCUGAUGUGGAAUAGGAUGUAAUUAAUAAUAAUAAGAAGAAACAAUGUCCGCGUUAUGUAUUAACUUAUUUCUGUCUUGUAGAACUAUCGACAGUUGACCUGGAAAACUAUUCAGGAUAUCAAAAGUACUAUCGAUAUAUCGAUUUUAUUAUAUUAUCGAUAGUAUCAAUAGUAUUGCUCAUGGGGAUACUAUCGACAGACUAUCGAUAGACUACCGAUGCUACUUCGAUAGUGGACUAUUGGUAUGCAAUACUAACUUAUUUAUUUAAUGUACGAGCGAAUGAUUACAUAAUAUUAAUAAAUGCUUUAUUUGUCAAUGUCGUUCAAAUACUAUUAUCGUAUGACUAUUUAUUGUAGGUACUAUUAUAUGCAACUAAUUACUUACUACUUACCCUCAUUAACAGGAUUACAUUUCAUAAGUCUUUACGAUUUAACCUCAAUAACUGUUUAAAUUUAUGUUUAUGGUUUAUAGUAUGUGAUUAUUCUUAAUCUUAUAUCAUGCUUUUUUCAAAGCGGUCACCAAAACCUGUUUUUUGAUUUCGUAGUCCAAACUAAUAUUGUAAGUGAUAAAACUUUUUACAACGUCAUCUGGUAUAAAGAUAAUCUUUUGCAAAGCUUAGCCUUAGGUGUAGAUGGAAUUAUUUUUGUAUAUUUUUUUUAUUCAGAGUUUGUGCUUCGUUCAAUUUUUGUUUGUGUGUCUUAUGUCAGAAGUGUCAUAAGCUAGUGUCUUAUGUCAGCGUGUUGUUUGUAAUCAAACUACCAAUCUAUCUAAACAUAAUUAUUUUCUCAAAGCGUAUCAAAUCUUUAUUAUUCUUAUGUAUGCACCUCGACGAUAUGGUUGUUAAUUCGCUUUGUAUAAAGCAAUAUUAUUCUUCUUUUAUUUAACCAUAGAGCCUAGUAAAGAUAUUGACAGAAAAUUUGAUUUUAUAAUAUUUCUUCAAUAUUUAUUAUUUUAAAGCUUAUAGUACUACAAUCCUUGCCUGUGUACGAUCCAGAUCUAAAUGGUGCGAAAAUUGAAUGUCUUUUUACUUUUCUGGGUUAUAAUCAAAUGCAUUUUAUCGAUAAAUUGUGAUAGUUUGUUUUUUUUUUUCUGUGUGGGGCAAUAACAUCUAGCGAGGACCGUACUCAGUCUGAUCCGGAAUACGCAACGAAUUUUAGAUUUGUUUCUAUACGAACGACAUUCGCUGACGUUAUAGUAGGUAACUGACGUAUUAAUACUACUAAUACUGGCUUUGUUAAACGAUGCGAUAUAUAAAUAUUAAGCCUUACAAUAUACAAAUAAAUACCUAUAUUCAAUAAAUAUUUAUAUAGAUAAAAACAUUUUUUUUAAG